UGUCUAGCUACAAGUAAAGAAGAAGAAACAAAAAAAAAAAAAAAUUAUAUGGAAGCACUUUAAGGCGAGAGCCAGAACAGGCCGAAGGAGAAAUUAAAGAGCAUAAAAUCUAGGUACAUAAAGAUGUAUCCUGCAUAUAAUCCAGAUACAAUCUGAUCCAGCGAUGCAAUAAAUCUCAAGGCUGCAGACAGCUUAAAAAGGGCUGGGAGAUCUCUGAUGAUCAGUAAGUAGUUGCCAAGUCGUCUCUUGAGAAAUCUCUGAUUCCAGUAUCUUCGUUCUUUCGUCGUCGUCAAGGAAGAAGAAGAAGAAGAAGAGAUGGGUAGCAGUUACUAUGGGGAGACAAACCUGGGAAAUGAAAGAUCCGGGUCUUCAAGGAAGGGGAAGAAGAGCAACUCAGACAAGCCUAGGCAGCCACAGAGAGGACUCGGUGUUGCUCAGCUGGAGAAGAUCAGACUUCACAGUGAAAUGGGUUGUAGUUAUCUUCCUAAUUCCUUUCUGGGUCCUUAUCCAAGUACUAAUCUCAACCAGCAGGAAGAUAUGAGACUGCAAACAGCCUAUUCAUCAGCGCCAUCAUCAUCCUCCUUGGCUUAUACAUCAUCUUCAUCUUCUUAUGCUUUCCAAGGCCACCAAAACGCCAUGAUGGGAUUUGGUGAAUUAGAAAGAGGAAGCAUCAAAUACUUUGACUCCCAGCCUAACACAAUAGCAAGAUGGAAUCCUGGCAAUGAGAUGAUGUUGGAGACUCGACAUUUUGUUCAACAGCACUUGGACUCGACCCAGAAGAAGAGGAAGAAAGAUAGGAGUGGUUCAAUGGGCUCUACCAGUCAGAAUUCUGAAACAAGCGACACCCGGGAGCUAGAUUUGGAACUCAGGCUUGCACGUUAGCCUGCAACUCAAUUAAUGUAUGCAUUCACUUAAUUUCUUGUCAUCUUGCUUAUAAUUCCAAAACUCAGCACAACAAUUUGCAGGAUCUUGCAAAAUGCUACACAGUUGAUCGAUGACGAGCCACUUGAUGGAUUUAAUUGCACUGACAUUUCGAUCGUUUGCAAGGACUUAAAUUUCUUGUGCAACAGAUCAUUAAAUAUUAUUAUAUAUAUAUAUAUAUAUAUAUACUUUCUGCAUAAAGCAAUGGCAUUUCAGACAUUAUAUAUGGAGGAAUGAUGAGAAUGUCAUUGUUCAUUUCAAUUUUGUUACGCAGACAACAUCGUACUGACUCAGAAACAAAGAAACUCACAAGAAUAAUUGGAUCUCAGGCUUUAAUUUGUUUUAGUCUGCAAUUCGAUGUCUGUGUUCACUGUCUUUUUGUUUCUUUGAGAUUCAUUUAUUCUUUCUCAUCUUUCUUAUGCUAUGAGAGUUCAUCAAGAAUGGUUGAUUUGCCAUUAAAUUAAUUCAAUU